AUGAGUGAUGAAUAUGCAGCUGUUAAGCGUGGAAAAUUAAUUUUAAAAGGCGAUAAACCUAAGGCAAAAAAACGCAAACAUAAGAAAAAAGACAAAACAGAAGAUGAGAAAAUUGAUGAAGAUUGCAUCAAACAUGCAGGAUGGUGGAAAAUACAAAAAUAUGAAGAUAUAACUGGAUCAGUUGCUAUCGAAUUUGGGAAUAACGCUUAUAUAUCAGCCCUAGAUAACGGUCUAUUUACGGUUGGGGCUCCACAUGGUGAUGGAGAAGGCCCAUCUCCUGAAGAAAUUUUUACAGCAUUUCCUGCUGGAGAAAAUAAGUUUGCUUUAAAAUCUGGUUAUGGAAAAUAUUUGGGAGUAAAUACAGAAGGUCUAGUAAUCGGUAGAUCAGAUGCAGUUGGUUCUAUGGAGCAAUGGGAAGCAGUUUGGCAAGAUGGACAAACAGCAAUUCUUAAUUCACUUAGCAAAUUUAUAACUAUAACAGAAGAUGACUCUGUGGUAGCUCGUGACUUCACAGCAGGGAAACAGAGUAUGUGCAAUAUUCGCAGCAAUAAAAGCAGAGAAAUAAACACUAUUAAAAUUGCUGAAGAGGAGGGAGACCUGGCAGAAGUUGAAGUAAAUUAUGUUAAAAAAUUCCAGAAAUUCCAAGAUAAGAAACUCCGCGUAAAUGAUGGCAGUACUUCUGAAUUAAAACGAGCCAAAGUAGAGGGAAAUCUACAUGAAACUUUAUUAGAUCGUAGGAGCAAAAUGAAAGCCGACAGAUAUUGUAAA